UAAAAACUAAGCAGUUUGAAGUAGAUGGCAGAGACUUUGGGAGAAAUCACAUGUCUGAGGGAUUCAGUUGAGGUCGGCAGUGUGAAGGAUUUCUUUGAAUAGCUUUUUGUUUUAGUGAGUUAAAAAUGCAAAGCUGUGCAAAGUCUUGGGGGAUCCUAUUCGCCAAAUCGGUGAAUUCACAUGCACCUUGCAGACAUAUAUCUGGUCAAAGCCGAUUCUUUGGGAAACUACAGACUAGAAUCCAAAACCGAAAUGCUUUUGUAACUGUCCGCGGUCUUCGGAUGUCUGCAGUCUAUGCUUCCAGACAGAUAGACAGAAUACUGCCGAGACACGAUGAUUUUGCAGAGAGACAUAUUGGUCCAGGCGAACGGGAGAAAAGGGAGAUGCUGGAUGUUCUUGGACUUGAGUCAAUCGCCCAGUUGAUAGAAGAUACAGUUCCAGAAUCCAUCCGUAUUCAAAGAAGUAUGAAAAUGGAUGAUCCUCUCUGCGAGAAUCAAGUCUUGGAGCAUCUCCAAAAGAUUGCAUCAAAGAACAAGGUGUGGAGGUCUUAUAUCGGAAUGGGCUACUACAACUGCUCAGUGCCUCCAGUUAUACAGAGAAACCUUCUGGAGAAUUCAGGAUGGGUGACACAGUACACCCCCUAUCAGCCUGAGGUGGCUCAGGGUCGCCUGGAGAGUCUGCUCAACUAUCAGACCAUGAUCUGUGACAUCACGGGCAUGGCUGUGGCCAACGCCUCUCUGCUGGAUGAGGCGACAGCCGCCGCUGAGGCCAUGCAGCUCUGUCAUAGACAGAACAAGAGAAGGACGUUCUACAUCGACUCACGAUGCCACCCUCAGACGAUUGCUGUGGUGCAGACCAGAGCCAACUACAUCGGGGUCAAGACUGUGCUGAAGCUGCCUCAUGAGAUGGACUUCAGUGGGAAGGAUGUGAGCGGUGUGCUGUUCCAGUACCCAGACACCGACGGCAGAGUGGAGGAUUUCACUGCGCUGGUGGACCGCGCUCACAAGGGAGGGGCUCUGGCUUGCUGUGCCACUGACCUGCUGGCCCUGUGUGUGCUGCGCCCCCCUGGAGAGUUUGGGGUGGACAUUGCCCUGGGCAGCUCCCAGAGGUUCGGAGUACCACUCUGCUACGGUGGUCCCCACGCUGCCUUCUUCUCUGUCAAAGAAAACCUGGUCAGGAUGAUGCCUGGCAGGAUGGUGGGAGUGACCAGGGAUGCAGCUGGUAAGGAGGUGUACCGUCUGGCUCUGCAGACCAGAGAGCAGCACAUACGUAGAGACAAGGCCACCAGUAACAUCUGUACUGCACAGGCUCUGCUGGCCAACAUGGCAGCCAUGUUUGGGGUGUAUCAUGGACCCCAAGGCUUAAAGCACAUUGCUGAGAGGACACACAAUGCUGCACUGAUACUGGCUGAAGGUCUAAAGCGGGCCGGACACAGGCUGCACAGUGAGAUGUUCUUCGACACGCUGAAGGUUGGCUGCAGUGUGGCAGCCAAGGACAUCCUGGAGAGGGCUGUCCAAAGGGAGAUCAAUCUGCGUGUCUACAGUGAGGGAGUGUUAGGUGUGUCUCUGGAUGAGACCGUGACGGAGAGAGACUUGGACGAUCUGCUCUGGGUCUUUGGAUGUGAAUCCUCAGCGGAGCUGAUUGCUGAGAAGAUGGGUGAAAGGGUGAAAGGCAUUAUGGGUAGUCCUUUCAAGAGGACCAGCAAGUACCUCGUUCACACAGUCUUCAACAGUUACCAUUCGGAGACCAACAUUGUGCGCUACAUGAAACGCUUGGAGAACAAGGACAUCUCUCUGGUUCACAGCAUGAUCCCACUGGGUUCCUGCACAAUGAAACUGAACAGUUCUUCAGAGCUCAUGCCCAUCACCUGGAAGGAGUUUGCCAACCUUCACCCCUUCUGUCCCCUGGACCAGGCUGAGGGUUAUCAGCAGCUCUUCAGGCAGCUGGAGAAGGAUCUCUGUGAGGUGACUGGCUAUGACAAGAUAUCCUUCCAACCCAACAGUGGUGCUCAGGGAGAAUACGCUGGCCUCGCGGCCAUCAAAGCCUACCUGAACUCUAAAGGAGAGGCCCAUAGAACAGUUUGUCUGAUUCCCAAGUCAGCCCAUGGUACCAACCCGGCCAGUGCCCAGAUGGCUGGCAUGAAGGUGCAGGUGGUGGAGGUGGACAAGGAUGGCAACAUUGACAUGGCAAAUCUCAAGGCACUGGUGGACAAACACAAGGCUAACCUGGCAGCCAUGAUGAUUACGUACCCCUCCACUUUUGGUGUGUUUGAGGAGAGCAUUGAUGAUGUCUGCAAUCUCAUCCACCAGAACGGAGGACAGGUCUACCUGGAUGGUGCUAAUAUGAACGCACAGGUCGGCCUGUGUCGUCCUGGUGACUAUGGAUCUGACGUCUCUCACUUGAACCUCCACAAGACCUUCUGUAUCCCCCACGGAGGCGGAGGACCAGGGAUGGGACCUAUUGGAGUGAAGGAGCACCUCGCCCCGUUCCUGCCUAGCCACCCAGUGGUCUUAAUGUCAGCAGGCAACAUGUCCAGCUCCCUGGGCACCAUCAGUGCUGCCCCCUGGGGCUCCAGUGCCAUCCUGCCCAUCUCCUGGGCUUACAUCAAGAUGAUGGGAGCCAAGGGGCUGGUUCACGCCACAGAGGUGGCUAUCCUGAAUGCCAACUAUAUGGCCAAGAGACUGGAGAGCCACUACAAAAUCCUCUUCAAAGGCAGGAAAGGCUUUUGUGCUCAUGAAUUUAUUUUGGAUGUGAGGCCAUUCAAGAAAUCUGCAAACAUUGAAGCGGUGGAUGUGGCGAAAAGGCUGCAGGAUUACGGUUUCCAUGCCCCCACCAUGUCGUGGCCCGUGGCAGGAACCCUGAUGAUCGAGCCCACUGAGUCGGAGGACAAGGCAGAGAUGGACCGCUUCUGUGACUCGCUGAUGGGAAUCAGACAGGAAAUAGCAGAUAUCGAGGAAGGCAGGAUGGAUGCCCGCAUUAACCCAUUGAAGAUGGCACCUCACUCCCUGGCAAGCAUCACCUCCUCUACCUGGGACAGGCCCUACUCCAGGGAGUAUGCUGCUUUCCCCCUGCCAUUUGUGAGGCCCGAGACCAAAUUCUGGCCAUCCAUCUCCAGGAUUGACGAUAUCUACGGUGACCAGCACCUGGUCUGCACCUGCCCCCCCAUGGAUGUGUAUGAGUCACCAUACGAGGAGAAGAGAGCUUCCUCAUGACAAACGCCUCCGCUAUACCAGUCAUCACACUUCCAAAUUCUGAAAAUCCAUUGAGUUGUAUCGUCCACUGUAGUUUCUGUAUUUCAAUGUGCCUCGACUCUUUUCUGUUGUACAAAUAGUUGCCUUGACUCUCCCUUCAUGACGUUUUUAUGCUCUAAAGUAGCGGGCCGGACUGACACGUUAGAUCAAGUUGUAGGGUUUUGUUAAUAUUGGCUGUGUUCUGUGCAUGAAAAUGUUUAAAAUGUGUAUUUUGACGUUUGCCUAACCACUUAUACUAGUCUUGAUAGGAAUUAUGGAUAGUUUUAAUGAUCUUUAAGGAAAAUAGUUGUAUUGAACAUUGUCAAUCUUUUGUUCAGUUUGAAGUAGACUUCAGUCAUUUCUUUUCCACAUAAGGAAAUACUGCCAUCUAGAUGUGAAUGUUAAACACCAAUAACGUUCUCACAUGAUUUGUUCUGAGACACUAAUACGUUUGGACAUUAAAAUAUUUCCAAAACAGAGACUAAGGUGACACUGAAGAAUAUGAAUUUAUCGAACUAAUUGGGCUUUAAGUAUUAGUUCAAAGAAUGACUGUUCAGUUCUGUCUAUGGACAUGGCAUGAGAACCCCAAGAAAGUUCAUUCCUUUUGUUAAUCCUAUUGGGUGAUCAUCUUUCCUUAGCCUCAAAUACAUUGACUUACUGUACAACUGGGAACAAUCGUGGGUGCACGACUUUAAAGUGCUGUGGUGAAUAUCAACGUAAAGAUCGUUAGACCCAGAACAGAACUUAAGGGCUACAGCCUGUAUGCGUGAUUAAAUUACACAUCGACUUGUGAUUGAGGUCAUUUUUGCAACUCAUUCAACACCAUGUAUGAGACUGAAUUUGAAGAGCUUGCAAAAUUGAGCAUCAGUUCCAGUCACACACUUGUUCUCACAAAUGACUAGCAUAUGCCUUGGUCUGGUUAGUGUGUAAGUGAAAUGGUAGCAAAUCAACUUAAGGAUCAGGGGAGAGCAAUUGUUCCCUAGACAAUUGACUCAAACCCAUUGGGAUAAAAGGUGCAGAUUUGUGCCAUUGUACAGACACCAUUUUUUUAUUCAAGUGCAAAAAUAAACACUUGAUGGGUG